CGACGAUGGCGCCCACUGGCGGCAAGCAGAAGGACAAUAAAGAUCAGAGUCAGGAUGGGCAGGGUUCUGGGAAAGGGAAAGAAAAGGGCUCAUACAAAGAUGGACCUUCGAUGCCCCGGAUCGCGCAGCACGAGGCCGUGCAGACGCUCAACUACCUCUUCCAAUCCGCGUCGUACCUCUCUGCCGUCGCCGGGGCUCCUCCCUCGCUAGCGAUCAGCCGAGCAAGGCAGCUCGUUGGACUGUCCAAGAAGGCGACGACGAGACUGGAUACGUCGGUGAAGCGGAGCAUCUGUCGGCGGUGCCGCGCGCCGCUCGUGUUGGAGGGCCUGACAAGCUGUGUCAGGGUCAAGAGAAGCGGCCCGCAUGGAUGGGUCAAGGUGACAAGGUGUCUCGCCUGUACAAGAACGCAGAUCGUUCCCCUUGGACCGGGAUUCGAUGAAGAAAGUCGACGACAGAAGGCACUGAAGAAGAGAGAGAAGCGGAGAGCAAAGGCGGCCGAGAAGAGGAGGCGCAUGGCGGAGGCCGGCGAAAAGAACGCGCAACAAGAAACAAGCAGGAAGAGGCCGAUUUCGCAGCGAGCAAGGAGAAGGGCUAGUAGGGAGAAGAGGGCAACGCUCGAGGCAAUGAAUGAAGUCAACGACCGAUCAGCAUUAAAGAAGAGCAUCGGCCCAAGGAGAAGGAGCAAGAGAUGUGACAAGGACGAGGUCAAACAAAUGGGGCAGGAUAAGGACGCAGACAUAGAGAUGGAACCAAGGGAUGUUCCGGCUACCUCGUCGUCAGAAGCGAAGAGAAGCAGGAGGAGGAGAAAGAAAGCUUUGGUGGCACCAUCUCUAGACUCUCCGUCGAUCAAGGACCAAGCUUCGAGCGUCCGGUUGGCGGACGCGCUCCCUCGCUACACAGAUCGACUCAGAGACAGCGCGGACUGGCAUAGGGCAGUCGAGAAGGCUUCUGAGGCUGGACAGCUAGACCAAGAACAGCAAAGUACACUUCAAUUGCUGCGUGGAGAUCAUAUCAUGGCACACGGCAUCGGACGAGGAGGUGUUCUUGGUCCGUCGUGAAGGAGUGAAUGUAUUGAUAAUGUAACAUGA